CCAAACAAGGUCCUCCCCAAGUCUCUCAUAAACAUCCAUAAAACCAAAAAACCCCCCCCAAAAAAAAAACACUCACUCAGAGAGAGAGAGAGAAAAAAAAAUUCGAGUUUUGAUUUUGUUGCGCUUUUUUCUUGUUCUACUAUUGAACUCAACAUUAUUGUCACAUUACCCUAAUAUUUGUGACAUUUGAUUUCAGAGAUCUAAUUAGGGUUUCAGAAUCGUGUUCAAUUUCUCCAAAUUAGGGUUUCUCGAUUUCAAUUCGAUUAAUAGGGUUUGGGGGUUUUGCGAUGCCGCGAAGUUCGAAGCAUAAAUCGAGUAAGCAUAGUUCCAGGGAUUACUCUGAUUCCGAGAGAGAUUCCGGGGCCAAAGAUCGGAAGAGUAAGGAUGAUACUUCCUCCGUCAAGGUUACGAAGGAUUCCAGUGGUGCUGAGAAACGGAGAUUGGAUUCGAAGGAGGUGCACGUGCACGGGAACGGUGGUGAGUAUUCUGAUGAGUAUGCGUCGUCGUCGAAGCGGAGGAGGGAGAGUGGUGGUGGAGGAGGAGGGGAUAGAUGGAAUGGGGGUGAUGAAGGGUCUAAGAAAUCGUCGAAGGCAAUUGGGGAUUCGAGGGAUUUAAAGAACAGUAAAGGUGAGGAGGUGAAGAGGAGUAGCGGGAGGCAUAGGGAUUCUUCUUCUUCUGGGAGGAAGGAGAACGUGGAGAAAGAGAAAGAGAAGGAUAAGAAGGUCAAAGAAGGUAAAAUUGAGGAAUCUGUUGAUGCUGAUCAAGAACACCGUUCAUCCAAGCAAGGGGUUGAAAAUAAUGAUUCGAAAAAAACAGACGAGUUGCGAAGCCCUGAACAAGAUAUCCAGCUUGAGAGGCGGACGAGGAAGAAAAGGGAUGACUAUGGUGAUGGGGAUAAGCAUCAAGAUGAUGUCGGAGAUGGUUAUGAUAGACAUUUGUCUUCUAGGGAUGACAUUGCCAAGGAUGGAAAGAAAAAGGAUGAUAGGCGAAACGAUGAAAAAUACAGAGACAAAUAUAGGGAUGAAAAGGAUAGGGAGAACAAACAUCGACAUGACAAGCAACGUGACGAGCGUCCAGCAAAAGAUCAUACUACCAUUAGGUCUGACGAUAAACAUGCAAGGGAAGAAAAGAAUAAUUUAGAAUCACGACAAAAGAGAACCAAACAUCCAGAGAGUGAUAGGGACCAUUAUCGUGAUCGAGACGGAGAACGAGACCGUGAUUUUGAAUAUGUCCGUGAACGUGAGCGCCGCCAUGAACGUGAUCAUGAUUUUGAUUUUGACAGGGAUCAUGAUUAUGACCGAGAUCGAGAUUGGGACUUUGACCGUGAACGAGACAGAGACCGUGAUCGUCAUCGUGAUCGUGAUGGGUCACAUGGGGAUGAUAGAAGUGCAAGAGCCAAAGACAGUGGGACAAAAAAAAGAACUUUGGAUGAUCGUGAUGAUUACAAUGAUUCUAAAGCUAGAGCUGUUAAAAGCUACUAUCCUGACACAGAGAAGAGGAGUUUGACCAGCAGUAGGGCUGAUCCUGAUCUAGACAAGGGAAGAUCUCUACCUCGACAAGCUCAUGCAGAUUCAUCUGGGACUAGCAGUAAACACAGAUCUUCUCCUGCAUCAAAUGCACAUGUUGGCAAAGAUGAAUAUAGAAAUGCAAAUGCUGAAGAUACAAAGUAUAGAGACUCAACUAUAGAACAGAGGACCAAAGCCUCAAGAGAAGGUUACUCCGGGAUUUCAGAUAGAGGCCCUAAAUACAAACUAACGGAGAAACCCGUUAAAAUAGAUGAAUUUCCUGCAGGAGACUUACCAAUUGAAAGAUCUUCUAGUCGCAAGGCUUCACCCAUGGGCUUGAUGGAAAGAUCUCCUUCGUCAACAAGCAUUGAACGCAGGUAUAUGAAUAAAAGUGUUGUUAAGCGGAAUCUUGAAAUUGAUGAAAGUGGAAGAAGGAGCAGUAUCGAUGCAAGAGAUGUCUCUUCAGAUGACAGGCAUAACCGGGAGUUCACUGUAGAGAAACCACUAUUGGAUGAGCCCUCUCAAGCAGAUCCAUCUUUCUAUGGUAGGACUAAUCAGAACAAUCCACCAGUAAUUCCUCCCCCACCCAGUUUCAGGGCUACACUUGACAGACCAUAUAUGGGUUCUUUAGAGGAUGAUGUUAGAGAUAACUCCAAUUCACGAUACAGGAGAAAUAAUGAACAAUCUGGCUUUGGAAGAGUGCAUGGUGGCAAUUCCUGGAGGGCGAAUCCAAACUGGACUUCACAUGUACCAAAUGGAUUCGUUCCCUUCCCACCUGGGCCAGGUCACGGAGGUUUUCAAACAAUGAUUCCACAGUUUUCAUCUCAACCUCUCUUUGGUGUUAGGCCUCAGUUGGAAGUCAACCAUGCUGGUAUUCCCUAUCACAUUGUUGAUGCUGACAGGUUUCCAGGUCACUUGCGCCCAAUUGGGUGGCCAGGUUUGAUGGAUGGUACAGGACCUGCUCAUCUGCAUGGAUGGGAUAACAAUAAUGGGGUUUCCAGAGAUGGUCCUCAUAUGUAUGGCGGACCUGAUUGGGACAGAAACAGGCACCCAACAAAUAAUCAUGGAUGGGAAUCUGGUUCAGAGAGUUGGAAAGAACAGAAUUAUGAUUCAAAGAAGGACUUGCCUUCCCCAGCCUGUAAAGAUGAAUCAGUUCCUGCUGUGGUUGACAAUGGUGGUGUGCCUGACCAGACUAUUCAGGUGUCUCAGGAUGAACACAAACCCAAUGAAUCUCAUGAGAAAUCUCCUGAAACAAAGUUGUCUAGUGUCAUGUCUCCAAGAAAAGUACCUUUGAACUCUUCUCCCUCAACUGAUUUUGAAAAGGUGCCUGAUAAUAAGACACCUGAGGAUUAUUCUUCUAUUUUUACCCGUUUCUACCUUUCCAAACUUGACAUUUCCUCAGACCUAGUACUGCCAGAGUUGUAUGAUCAGUGUGUAUGUGCUCUGAAUGUUGGCAAGAAAGCAUCGGAUGAUGUUGCUAGUACAGAACUAUCCUUGAAGAAUGGUUCGAGGUCACAACAUAAAUACGCCACCACUUUCUCAGGACAUUCACCUUUUCCAGUAGUUGAUAAUUCUAUCUUCCAGAGAGCCAUUGAUAUCUACAAGAAACAUAGGGUGAAAUUGCCUAAUAAGGGGGACGUAGAUAUAUUUGCAGCAUCCAAGUCCAACCAGGUGCAGAUGGAUGAGUCAGUUCCUAUUUCCAGUUUGGAGAAUAAGCAUGAUUCUGUCUCAGCUUCUGAUGCAGCAAAAGAUGUGCCAACACCUGCAUUACAACCGAAGGAAAUUGAAACACUCUCUCCUGCAAUGGAGCAAUUGGAUGGGAUCAAUCAAACCUGCAGUCAGAUGGAGCAAGAUGGUGAUUGUACCCAUACUCUGAAGAUAGACACAUCUAGUCCAUCGUCUGGUCCCGAGAACAAAGAAGCAGCUGUAGCAGCUUUGCCUAUGGAAGAGGAUAAAGUCGCAUUUGAUCAGCUGAAUUCAGGGGAUGCUGAGAACAAUCACACCACUGCAUCAAAAAGUGAAGCACCGUUGGCCCCCACUUCACAUGAAGAGUGUGAAAACAUGAAUAUUGAAGACACAGUUACUGGUUUUUCCCAAUAUACAGAUGAAAAACUGGGUUUUGGUGACACUAAGGGUAAUCCCUUAAUUUUUGAGGAUGGGUCUCCCAAAGCUUGUGAUGCUUUGAUGCCUGGUUCAAAUGAGUCUGAGUCGCUUAUUUUAAGCCGGAUACAUCAUUGAGACAAUUUUUAUUUCUAUGCUUUUUAUCCAUUAGGUUUUCAAUUUCUCCCCCUUCUUGUUGCUUCUUUUUGAGCGAGGAAAUAAAAUGAAAUGGCAUUCGUAUUCCCCUAGAAAUGCGCUUUUCAGA